GUGAGCCAAGCUAUCGGUUUGCAACGAGGAGGCAUAUUGAAGCUCAGAGAGAAUGGGGAAGAAACAGAAAAAUAAAGGCGAGGACAGUGCCAAAGAUGACAUUGACAUCGAUGCCCUGACUGCUGAGAUUGAGGGAGCGGGAGCAGCUAAAGACCAGGGCAAAGGAAAAGGCAAAAAGAAGAAGGGCAAACAGAAAGAAGAGUUUGAUGAGGAUGACAUUCAGAAAGAGCUCGAGGAGCUGUGUUUGGAAACGCAGGGAGGAAAAGCCAACAAAGACGCAGUAAAGAAAUCUGACAGCUUCGAGGAAGACGAGCCUGUGGUCCCUAAAGAGAAGAAGAAGACGCGCGGAGGCAAGGGCAAGCGAGCCAGCCUCGAGGAUGAGGAGGGUGAUGAGGAAGCUCCGGGUGCGGCUGGCGUGGGGGCGGACGGCGGGCCCCGGGGUCAGAAGGCGGUGGCGACAACGGCUCCUGCUGCUGCUGCUUCUGCUGCUGCUGACGACGACGACGACUCGGACGACGAGGGCUCGCGGACGCGGCAGAGAGCCAAAGGCGGCAAGAAAGGCGGCCGCAAAGCAGCCUCGGACUCCGAGGAGGACGAGGACAACGGAGAGUCCCAAAAAGAUGGAGGAGGAGGAGCAGGAGGAGUAGGAGGAGGAAGCGGAGGAGGUGGCGGCAGCAAGGGAGAGGACGGCGAAGACUCGGACGAAGGAGCCCAGGUGAGGAAGAAGGCCCAGAAGAAACAGAAGGGGAAGAAGGCUGCGGACAGCGACGAGGAGGACGAGGACGACGGCACCUUCAAGGUGAAGACGGCCGCGCAGAAGAAGGCGGAAAAAAAGGAGCGCGACCGCAAGAAGAAGGAGGAGGAGCGCGCCAAGAUGAAGGCCAAACAGGACGAGGCCGCCGCCAAGAAGGCCGACCCAGACGCUGGAGAGGUCAAGAAGGGCGAGACGCCGUCCGAAGCCAAGUUGCUGGAGAAGGCCGUGUCUGAGGAGAAGGACGCGGCGGAUGCCAUGGGAGAGGAGGAGGCCGAGGGAGACAAAAAAAAGAAGAAGAAGAAGAAGGGAGAGAAGGAGAAGGAGGAGAAGAAGAAGGGUCCCAGCAAGGCCACGGUAAAGGCCAUGCAGGAGGCGCUGGCCCGCAUGAAGGAGGAGGAGGAGCGCCUCAAGCGCGAGGAAGAGGAGCGCAUCAAGAGGAUGGAGGAGCUGGAGGCCCAGAGACAGGAGCAGGAGAGGCUGGAGCAGGAACGCAAGGAGAAGAAGAAGCAGAAGGAUAAAGAGAGGAAGGAGAGGCUGAAGAAGGAGGGCAAGCUUCUGACCAAAGCCCAGAAAGAGGCGCGCGCGCGAGCCGAGGCCACACUGAAGAUGCUGCAAGCGCAGGGUAUUGAGGUGCCAUCCAAAGACUCAUUGCCAAAGAAGAAGCCCAUCUAUGGGGACAAGAGAAAAAAGAAGCCUGUUUCUCAGACUCCUGAAGAAACCUCUGAGGUGACUUCACCUACACCAGUAACGGCAGAGCCUAUCACAGUCGAGAAGAUGGAGGUGGACACGCCCAAACUGGAAGCAGCAAAGGAACCGAAGCCAGAGGCUGCAGACGUGGAUGACUGGGAGGCCAUCGCCAGUGAUGAAGACAAAGAGCUGAAGAAAGUUCACAUAGAGGUGAAGGAGACUCAGCCGCGGAAGACGGCAGCACCACAGGCUGAGAACGGCAGCGAGGAGGAGGAGGAUGAGGAGGAUGACGAUGACGAUGAAGAGGAGGAUCAGGAGGAUGAAGAGGAGAGUGAUGGGGCUGAGGAGGAGAAACCGGCGACGCAGGCGACGCAGAGUGCCAAGAAGGCGGAGAAAGAGCCAAGCUCGGAUUCGAGUAGCGAGAGUGAUUCUGAUGAUGGGCGCACCAAAGAGGAGCGACUCUACGACAAGGCCAAGAGACGCAUCGAGAAACGACGACAAGACAACCUGAAGAAUAUUAACCUGGACAAAUUGAGAGCGCCGGUUAUCUGUGUCCUGGGCCAUGUCGACACAGGAAAGACCAAGAUCCUGGAUAAGCUGAGACACACCCAUGUGCAGGAUGGUGAGGCGGGAGGAAUCACCCAGCAGAUCGGUGCCACCAACGUUCCACUGGACACCAUUAUGGAACAGACCAAGAUGGUCAAGAAUUUUGACAAGGACAACGUCAAGAUUCCUGGAAUGCUUAUCAUUGACACGCCUGGUCACGAGUCCUUCAGUAACCUGAGGAACAGGGGCAGUUCUCUGUGUGACAUAGCCAUCCUGGUGGUGGACAUCAUGCACGGCUUGGAGCCCCAGACGCUCGAGUCCAUCAACCUGCUCAAGGAGAAGAAGUGUCCCUUCAUAGUCGCCCUCAACAAGAUCGACCGUCUGUAUGACUGGAAGAAGAGUCCUGAGACAGACGUGCAGACCACUCUGAAGAAGCAGAAGAAGAACACCAAGGACGAGUUUGACGAGAGGGCGAAGGCCGUGAUCGUGGAGUUCGCCCAGCAGGGUCUCAACGCCUCCCUUUUCUACGAGAAUAAGGACGUCCGCACCUUUGUUUCCCUGGUACCUACUUCUGCCCACUCCGGUGACGGCAUGGGCAACCUGAUUGGCCUGCUGGUGGAGCUGACCCAGACCAUGCUGGCACGCCGCUUGGCACACUGUGACGAGCUGCGGGCACAAGUCAUGGAGGUGAAAGCCCUGCCUGGCAUGGGCACCACCAUCGACGUGAUCCUGAUCAACGGGCGACUGCGUGAGGGUGAGACCAUUAUCGUGCCCGGGGUGGAGGGACCAAUCAUCACCCAGAUCAGGGGUCUGCUACUGCCCCCACCACUCAAGGAGCUCAGAGUCAAGAGCCAGUAUGAGAAGCAUAAGGAGGUGUGUGCGGCGCAGGGUGUGAAGAUCCUGGGGAAGGACCUGGAGAAGACGCUGGCAGGUCUGCCCCUGUUGGUGGCGCACAAGGACGACGAGGUCCCCGUCCUGAGGGAUGAUCUGAUUCGGGAGCUGAAGCAGACGCUGAACUCCAUCAAGCUGGAGGAGAAGGGUGUGUACGUCCAGGCCUCCACACUUGGCUCCCUUGAGGCUCUGCUGGAGUUCCUCCGCACCUCCAAAGUGCCUUAUUCGGGCAUCAACAUCGGCCCGGUGCACAAGAAGGACGUGAUGAAAGCCUCCACCAUGCUGGAGCACGACCCACAGUACGCUGUGAUCCUGGCCUUUGAUAUUAAGGUGGAGAGAGACUCGCAGGAGAUGGCCGACAGCCUGGGUGUGCGCAUCUUUAGCGCCGAGAUCAUCUACCACCUGUUCGACGCCUUCACCAAGUACCGGGAAGACUACAAGAAGCAGAAACAAGACGAGUUCAAGCACAUUGCUGUUUUCCCAUGCAAACUGCGAAUCCUACCCCAGUUCAUCUUCAACUCCCGAGACCCUAUCGUCAUGGGUGUGAUCGUAGAGGCCGGGGUCAUUAAACAGGGAUCGCCACUCUGCGUGCCCAGUAAAGGGUUUGUAGAUAUCGGCAUCGUUACCAGCAUCGAGGUAAACCACAAAGGGGUGGAGAGUGCCAAGAAGGGCCAGGAGAUCUGUGUGAAGAUCGAGCCCAUUCCGGGCGAGUCGCCCAAGAUGUUCGGCCGACACUUUGAGGCGACCGACUUCAUCGUUAGCAAGAUCACACGUGCAUCCAUCGACGCGCUCAAAAACUGGUUCCGUGACGAGAUGACAAAGUCCGACUGGCAGCUCAUCAUGGAGCUUAAGAAGACCUUUGAAAUCAUCUGAGCACAGGAGAAAUGACUGUCCGCGUCCACACACACACACACACACACACACACACACAGGCAUACACACACACACACACACACACACACACACACA